AUGGCCGAGGCUUCAACGUCGCAUGAAAGAAAGAAGCCAAAAGACAUUUUGUUUGAUGAUAUUGUUAUUGAUGUUGCAUUUCAUCCAUCCAAAGAUGUCAUUGCUUCAGCUCAUAUCUGUGGAGAAGUCAAUGUUCAUUCCUAUUCAACAACAAGUGAAAAUCAAAAUUUGAUGACUCUUGACCAUCACAAGAAAUCCUGUCGCUGCCUUUGUUUUUCUGAAGAUGGGAACCAAAUGUUCACUGCUUCCAAAGACAAAUCUCUUUGCUGUAUUGACAUGAAUACAGGAACCGAGUCUUGGAGUAAAAAGAAAGCUCAUGAGUGUCCUAUUUAUAGAGAUGAUGAUGGAAGGAUUAAGGUAUGGGACACAAGGACAAGGGCUUGUACGAUGGAACUGAAAGAAUGCGAAGAAUUUAUCAGUGACAUGGCAAUUGAUAAAAACCACAAACUUUUGCUGGCCACUUCUGGAGAGGGCACACUCACUGUUUUUAAUAUUCGACAGAAAAAGCUGUUGUUGCAAUCAGAGUUAUUUGAUUCUGAAAUGCUCUCGCUUGCCAUUGUCAAGAAUGGCACGAAAGUUGUGUGUGGCACUGGAGAAGGUGUCUUGAACAUUUUCAACUGGAAUGAAUUUAACAACAUCAGCGAUCGUUUUCCUGGUCAUCCAAUGUCUAUUGAUUGCAUUGUGCCAAUCACAGAGGAUAUUAUCUGUACAGGUAGCCUUGAUGGAGCUGUCAGAGCUGUACAUAUCCUUCCAAACCGAUUUCUUGGUGUGCUUGGUCGCCAUGGAGACUUGGCAGUUGAAAAUCUCAGUGUUUGCAGAGAUAAGAGGCUGUUGGCAAGUUGCUCUCAUGAUCAGACAAUAAAGUUCUGGAACCUGGAUCUUCUCGAUGAUAUUGAAGUAAAGCAUGAAAAGGCCAAGGUAUCUGAACGCCACCGACCUUUGAACCCUCAGGAUCAAUUUUUUGAUGAUUUAGCACAAGAUGCUGACCCUGCAAACCUCAUUAUCCAAGAUGAUGAUGAUGAUGACAGUGAAGAUGAUAAAGAUAGCAAUGAUCAUGAUACUGGUGAGGAAUCAAUUGAAGUUUCUGGAAGUAGCAGUGAUGAUGAUGACAACGAUGAUGAUGAUGGAAAUGGUAAAAAUGGAAAAACUUGA